UCGUCUGCUGAAUACCAACUCGGGGGAUGAGGCUGCCGUCACCUCGAAAAACAGACAAAGGUGAAUAAACACAAACAUUACGAUGACGGUUUACCUCGUGAAUUUAGCUGUGAGAUCCCCGGAGACGCUGCGAGGCUGAUUUUGUGGUGUUUUGACUAAACGAAUCGCUGAAAAUAGGACCGAGCGGGCGAGUAACGUUACCGUUAGCUAGCCAAGUUCCGCCAGUCUGUCGGAGGGAGAGCCGUUAGCCUGGGCGUCAUCUCCGUCUCUCUGAGGUGGAAGGAAAACAAAAGCCGUGUUUUUAUGUGAGAAAUAUGAAAACAUGGGUUCGAGACUGAGCCGCCAAAGCAGCCUGGACAACGACGGGUUCUCGGCGAAGCGCCGGAGACAUCUGGACAGCACCGGGGAGAGAGAGCGGAGCGGCAGCCGAGGCAGCGCCGACUUCAUGCUGCUCAGACCGGACAGACUCCCCGGGAUGCUCCGCCGGAGCGACCCGAGCCCCUACGCCAGGAGGGUCGCCUGGAUCCGGGAGAUCCAGCAGUUCCUGCGGCAGAAGAAGAUCGAGGAGGCUACAGACGUGCUCAGGCGGCUGAGGAAGGACCUGGGCUUAGAGGGCACAUCCCUGAACGACAUCCUCUACAAGAACGCAGCUUUCCUGAACCUGGUGGACCCCAUUUCUCACGAGCUGCUCCUGAGCCUCGCCAGAGACAUGCAGUGUCCUAAGAAGGAUUCGGACAUGCUGAAGUCGACGGAUAAAAUCUGCAGGCAGCUGAUCUAUCACCUCACUCCGCACUCCAAGUGGCUGAGACAGAGCAUGAGCCGGAGGAAAGCUCAGGCCUGUCUUAAAACGACCCUUCAGAAGAAACUGUGCAGCGACUCUGUGGAUCUCUCUGGCAUCCCGUUGUCGACGCGCGACAUACGACACGUGGCGUAUUACCUCCAGACCAGUGGUGGUGCUGUGAUCUCAGUGGACCUGAGUUUCACCGAGCUCCGGGACGAAGGGCUGCGGCUUCUGCUGCCACUCCUGAGUGCCUUACCGAAACUCACCACGCUGGCUCUCAACGGUAACCGCCUGACCAUCGCCAUCAUGAAGGAUCUGACUGAAGCGCUGAAGAACCCAAAGACCUUCUCUUGUCUGGCCUGGAUUGAUCUGGGCAACAAUGUGGACAUAUUCACCAUGCCUCAGCCCCUCCUGGUGGCCCUGAGGCGGCGGUGCAGCCUGAAAAGCAGCCUGCCCACCAUCUACGAGUACACGGAGGGGCAGCCCUACUGCUACCGCAUGGAGAGCUCCAUCGAGGAGCCCAGCCACUACGAGGAAGAGGAGGAGGAAGAGGAGGACGAAGACGACUUGGACGACAAGCUGGACCUGGAGCAGUGGAGCAUCGGAGAGCAGAAGAGCUCAGGGAGCUUCACCCUGCACUACUGCGAGAGGUGAAGCAGCCCCGUUUUUUUUGACCUGCAGUGUUGCCCAACGCUGGGAGAGAGACCUAGAGAAUAAAUGAGACAGAGGGAGAGAGAGAGAGAGAGCGGGAUCGGCUCUCUCUGCAUCGACUCUCCCAAACCGUGAGCACUGUUCACCCUCUUGUCCUUCACUGUAGCUCCAUGAGUUAUCCCGUUCCCCAUCGUGGCUUCGCGUGAACCAACACCAUCACAUUCACAGGGCUGUGGGCUCCACAUGGGAGCUAGCGGGACGGCUAAGCUAGGUGCCUGAGCACAGCACACAGUGACAAACGCAGGCCUGAACUCACCGUUUUGGCAGAUGAUGCUCCUCGGCGCAGGGUGAGGGUUCAUUGGAGGGGGCCAAGAGGAGUUUUGGAGAAGGUGCCCCACUUCUCUCGCCAAGGAACAGCAGUGGAAGAUGGGAAAAAAGGUGGACUGAGUGAUGAAAUUCCCUGGUUGUUUCAGAAAGACUGGACUAGCUGAUGCAUCCCGCCGCUGUUUCUCCGAGUCUGAGCAUCCACAGGUUUGGCUGAGGUAGGGCCGGUGAUGUUGAG